AUGAGUAAUGUUGGAUCAGCUCACAACGUGACCGUUUUAGGCUCUGGAGAGUCUACAGUGGUCCUCGGCCACGGCUUCGGGACUAACCAGUCUGUGUGGAGGCAUCGUGUCCCUCACCUUGUGGACGAGUACCGAGUCUUACUCUACGACGACAUGGGGGCCCACACCACCGACCCCAAUGCCUUUGAUUUCCAACGCUACUCCACCGUGGACGGCUUCGCGGAUGAUCUCAUCUCCAUUUUGGAGGAAUUCAAAGUCGAGAGAUGCAUUUUCGUCGGCCACUCCCUUUCCGCACUUGCCGCUGCCUUAGCCUCGGUUUCCAAACCCCAUCUUUUUGGUAAGCUCGUCAUGAUCAACACUUCUCCAAGGCUGACUAACACGGAUGAUUACCCGGGAGGGAUGGAGCCGGAAGCAGUGGAGCAGCUAGUGGCUGCCGUGAAAGAGGAUAGCGAGUCAUUCUACAAGAGUUUCGGGCCGAUGGCAGUGGGCGGGGGGCUCGAAUCUGCCGCGGUGCAGGAGUUCAAUAUGGGCAUCUCAAGCAUGGGUAAAAAUAUUCUCCUCCAUUUGAUCGAAUUGACGAGCGUCCUCGACAUGAGGGCGUGCCUCCGCCAGGUCACGGUCCCCUGCCACGUCAUCCAGAGUUCCAAGGACAUGCUGGUGCCGGUGGCGGUGGCAGAGUACAUUAGCCGGAGUGUUGGGGGGAAAUCGGUGCUGGAGAUGUUGCCGAUCCAAGGCCACAUUCCGCACCUCAGCUCGCCGGAGGUCACCAACCCGGUGUUGCUUCGCCAUAUAAAAGAGGACAUCGAGGGG